CCAACACACGGUGGUGGUGGCGGUUAUUCGAAACACCAAACAGAAACAGAAAUAUUUUUCGUAUAUUCGUAGUUCGUUUCGUAGAUACAUUUUUUGUCAGACAGAGAGAUACAAACUCGAUGGUGUUCGCGGUGUUCGGGUGUUCCGUACUCCGUAUAUUUAAAUUUGAAGCGCUUGGGCUAUUUAUUGAAUCUGUUGGUGGAUUCAGUUUAAAUUUGGACGACAAAUCGUGCAGGUUGCGCGACCGACCGAGUAGUCUCUUUGGAAAAAGAUAGAAAAUAUUUACCAAUCGCGCGCUUUUGAGCGAUAUAAAAGACCAACUUGAAUGAUGUUUGAGUAAAAAACGAAAUCUUGAAAGGAAGUGUACCUAUUAUUACUCUUGUUAAGACUUUAAGCAUCUUAAAAAAACCAAAUCCUGCCAUAAAGACUUAAGUUAUUUUUAUAAAAAAAAAAACCUGCAACCAUGGGUGCUACAAAAGAAGGUCAAGAACCGCGAAUAAACAAAAGUUUGAUAUCAAUUAAAAUUGUAACAUUCUUCGUUAUAAGUGGUCUAACUGCACUGCAUAUAUUACAUUCGACAAAGCCUUUACUUCUGGGCUUAAACUUUGAAGAGUACCGAUACAUAAGCAUUCUAGCGCCAUUCAUUUCUAUACUUGGACCCAUCGUUGUUGGUCCACUAGCCGAUAGAUUUGCUGCCAAGAAUGCCAACACUUACGGACGAACUUUGCGUAUUUUGACAGCCGUAGUCCUUCUCAUUACAGCCAUCAUAUAUGCCUGCUUAUUUGCCGUUCCUGACGUUAAUCGUCAAGAAGUUCGACGUCCAUCGGUGAGCUUUGGGUGCGAUCACAAUGGAGCUGUGGUUUUCCAAGAACGUUGCUCCCACGAAUCCACCUGUCAUCAUUGGAAAGCCAAGAUGGGUACUGUCAAUUUGACAAAAUGCUCUUACACCUGUCAAAAUCCAACACAAUUUGAGAACCUUUACACACCCUGGCUUGAGGGUUCACCAUUACCGUCCACGGAAGUUAUGUCGGAAUCAGACUACGGCCCAGACUAUGAUUGGAAUACGGUCACAGAAAGUCAGCGUCCUAAGCGAGAAGUAAAGUCAAAGUCAAGUAGCUCGGAGGGAGAGGUAAUGAGUAGCGAAGAAGGCUCCUCGAAUGUCCGAGUUGAACGUGAUGCUGUCCCGAAAAAGAUUUAUGUUGAACCCCCACAUUUGUGCCUGACCGAAAAGACAGAGACCGGAGAGACCGUUGUGAAGAAGUGCCACGUCUAUACCGACGACACGAAAAGCAUUGUUGUGCAUUCAGUGCUGCGAAGUGCAACAAACAUUGAAAAUGACACUCAUAGUGCAGAUUGGUGCAACUAUCCCUUGGAUGGUUUCCAGUGUAAUGUUCCGGAAAUGCAGGCAAAAUGGAUGAUUCAGCUGAAGAACUCAACAAGAUGCAAGCCAAUGAUUGAGUGCGAAGUCAUUAAUCCCUAUGACAGCCGUGAGAGUGUCCUGGCUGAUAGCCAAUGUGUAGUUACCACUGGAAAUUUAGACGCUACACUAAGUGGAUACUUUGCCAUUCGAAUUAUUGGAGAUGUUUUCGCUUUGGCGGCUUUAACUUUAUUAAAUACUGCCAUUGUGAUUGCUGUCCGUGAAACUUCAGAAGGACGUGGAGAAGUCAGUCGUCAAUAUGUGUGGGGAGGUUUUGGCUUUGUCCUGCUCUUCUCAGUAUUGGAUGUAUUUUUCUUCAACAAGGACACCGAACAAACUGCUAACCUAGUGGCAUUGAUUGUCCUGAUUGUGUGCUUUGUUCUGGCUGCUCUAGUUCUCCUUGUAUCCAGUCAUAUGCCUCUGAGUCCACCAGAAUGGUGGUGGCAUACCAAAACAGGAAUGCUUGUUUAUCCAAUGUCAGCAAUUAGGCGUUAUAGUCCAGAGAUUGUUGCUCUAACUGUGAUCUCAUUGCUAUUCGGAACAUUCUGGAGCAGUAUUCAUAGUUAUUUGAAAUGGACUUUUUCAGAUGAAUUCUCAGUCUCAUCCUUGGGCUUGUUAUUGAUUCUGCUUUUGCUGUUCAAUGUUGACAAAUUCAUUGAGUAUUGUGGUCAUUCAAAUAUUUUCAUUGCUGCUUUUGCUGUGUUCAUUAUUCGAUUUACUGCUCUAGCAUGUGGUUAUGAGGCACUCACUGUUUUCAUGGAAACCAUUGAACCACUUGUUAUGACAGUUGUUUGGAUUACAAUCAUCAUUUAUAUGCGCCAUGCAAUGCCACGGAAGCUUACUGCCACUGGACAAGCUUUGGCUGUUAUAGCCUUCUUUGGAAUUGGAAAAGGCUUGGGAGCACUUAUUGGACUUGCCAGGGAUGAACGUAACCCCAGCGAGGCAUCCUCAGAUAUAUUCCAGUGGCUAACUAUUGCUGCCAGUAUUGUGUCAGUAGUUUACUUCAUAAUUUACAAUUUGAUUCUGGCUCCAAGGUUCUCAGCAAAACCUCAACCCUCCGAUGUCUUAUCCCCUUCAGCUUCACAGACUUUGAAUGGAGCCCCAACUGGUCCCACUGCCAAUGGCAAUGGGAACGGUUCUUAUUCACCAUUACGAGUUUACCAUAACGAAAGGGGAAAGAAGGGACAAUUCAGGUUUUAAGUGUAUUUUUUAAUUUAAUAUUACUUUUAAAAAAAAAACGUUUUAUAAAAUUUUACAAGGAAAGUGUUUUUAAUUAAAAAAAAAAGAUGAGUGUUAUUCCGAUAAGCAUAUCCUAGAAUGUACCUAAAAGUUGGUUAUUAUUGUUUUGAAUAAAAAAAAGAAAAAAAUCAUCACCAAUAUUUUUUGAAAAAUUCAAAUUUAAAAUUAAAUAUUUGUCACAGUCUAUAAAACUUACAUACAAUCAAAAUAAAACUAAUGUUUUUUGUUGCUUAAUUUAAAAAUUGCCUUAAUGUUUAAUAUUCCGAUGCCUUUGAAUAAUAUUUGUUAAAAUGUAAAAUAAGAAAAAAAUUGUUAAAAUGUACGAAACCUACUACCAAGGUAUACCUACCUAUUUACUGUAUUAAUAAAAUGCUAGACAACAAUCUUACACCUAAAGAGAUCCUCCGUUUCCGGCUAAGAUUUUUAAGCCUAAUAUUUAUAUGAAAAUAAAAAAAAAAGUUUUGUUUUUGCCCAAAAUAAUAAUGUUGACACCGUUUUUGAAAUAAACAAAGAAUAAUCAAAAAUAA